CUCUUCCCCAUGGACGACAACAGCGUGGUGUACAAACUUGUGGCCGACAUCGACGACAGACACUACGAAGCUGAGAUUCAAGAAAAACAACAGGUCACAGAAACCUACACAAAAGCUGAUGUUGCUGGUCGACCUCCUUUUAUGAGAGAGGAACAAGAAGCUUCAGGAGACAUCUUCAGAUGCAAGUUGGGUAAUCUACCACCAAAUUCCGACGCCAAACUCCAGUUUUCUUUCGUGACGGAACUGGCUCAGGAGAUUGAUGGGUCUCUCAAGUUUGUUCUCCCCACGGUCCUCAACCCCAGACAACGUCCCAGCACGGAAGAUGCAGAUGAAGAUGCGACUGUGCCUGAUGUGAGUGCAACCUGCUACAAUCUGACCUUCCACGGCACCGUGGUGUCUAAGCACGAGAUAGUCAGGGUGUGGUCCACUACAGACAGGCUGACCACGGUUGUGGACGGCGGAAUCGUCAAGACCGUGACGAUACGUCUCACUGAACCAUUCAGUCCAACACAUAACCUAUCGUUCAACAUUCUAUAUGGGGAAGACUACAACAUCCAGACCUCCCUGGAGAAAGGAGACAAAGGUGCAUCUUCAUCCCUCCUUCGGCGAGACAUACUGAUGAUGUCCUUGCACCCAAAUGUCAUCUCGGGGCCUCUGAACGCUGAGUUCAUCUUCAUCUUAGACCGAUCAGGCAGCAUGAGUGGCAAACCGAUACGAAGAACCCAAGACCUUCUGUUGUGCUUCCUGAAGAGUCUUCCGACAGACUGCUACUUCAAUGUCAUCAGCUUUGGAACCGGAUUUUCUCCCCUUUUCCCUCGGGGGAGCGAGCGUUACGGGCCAGCCUCCCUGAAGAAAGCCUUGGAGCUCCAGGAGGAUCUGAGGGCGGAUAUGGGAGGAAGUGAGUUUUUUAACCCGAUACACUUCGUGUUGGAGAGAGGAGAAAUCCCCGGCUACUCACGACAGGUGUUCCUUCUGACGGACGGAGACGUCUCCAGGGUCGGUCACGUAGUGGCCCUGGUCAGGAGGAAAGCCAGAUCGUGCAGGGUCUUUACAGUGAGUGUCGGUGCUGCGUUGUCGACGUCGCUGGUGAGGAGAGUCGCCAAGGCCGGAGGUGGGCUGGUGGAGUUUGUGAGAGACGCUGAUAAUCUUCAUAAGAAGAUUGAUCGUCACACGCCAUCUAUCGGAACAGCCAGAGUCUCUGGCAGGAUUGGGGAGAAGGGGUUCACGCACACGCUGACGUUCGACGUCUCCAGGGACGCGGUCACCACGUCUGAAACAUACAUGCACAGGAUGGCCAUCAACGCUCUUAUCAAACACCUGGAAGUCAUCGACAAAGAUGAUAUUUAG